UGUAGCUGAAUCGUGGCCCAAGCCCGGCGAACACGAAACCACACGACGUUCGAACUCGGCGACGCUGCGCGUGGCUUCAUUUAGUUUGCUUGAAACAAAUUAUUGUAGAGCAGACCCCAGACAGGAGCAGCCGGCAGGCAGUUCGGUUGUUGCUUCGCGCUCUAACGGCGGUGAUCGUUAGGCUUGCGAUUCGUGUUAAUAACUGUGCUGAUUCCAAUUACAAAACAAAUUUAAUUCAAACAUGACUGUUGAAGUUACGAAUAACAUCCCUGAAAACGCUCCUGAGAAAGAGAAAGACAUGAAAGAGGACGCGCCGGCCGAUAAUGGCCAAUCCAAAGAGGCUCCAUUACCUGAUGAGAAAGGCGAUGAAAAAUCUGAAGAGAAAAAAUCCGAACCAGCUCAGCCGAAACCAACAGUCCAUAAAACAAAUUUUGAGAAAGACGUAGUAUAUCUCUAUCAAUUUUCGCGCACUCCUUUGUUACCGUCGACAUCCCCAUAUUGCUUAAAAGUUGAAACAUGGCUUCGUUUGGCCGGCAUUAAGUACGAGAACGUAGAGCAUCAUGCCAAAUAUCGUUCCAAAAAAGGCCAACUGCCGUUCGUGGAACUGAAUGGCGAAGAAAUAGCCGAUAGCACUUUCAUCAUCAAAGAUCUUUCCGAGAAAUACAACAAAGAUCUUGAUGCUGGUCUGACGUCGGAGCAGCGGGUUAUAUCUCACGCCAUGAUCUCCAUGAUCGAGAACCACCUGUCGUGGGUGAUUCUCUGGUGGCGCGCCAAGUACCCGGACAGUGUUAUUAAGGGAUACCAAGUGAAUCUUCAGAGUGCGCUGAACACGCGUCUGCCAAACCCCAUACUCAACUUCUGCUACAAGUUUACAUCUGCACGUAAGGGUAUGAAAAAGGCCAGAGCUCACGGAAUCGGCGUGCACAGUCAAGAUGAAAUAAUUGAAUUUGGGAAGAACGAUUUGCGUGUGCUGUCUGAUCUGCUUAACGACCGACCAUUCUUCUUUGGCGACGAACCAACUCUCCUCGAUGUGGUGGCGUUCUCAAACCUCGCACAAUUGCAAUUCAUCGAUAAAGAAGUGGAGCAUCCCUUGCGAGACGCGAUGAACGAUUCGUUCCCAAACCUUGUGGGCCUGGUAUCCCGCAUCAAGGAUCGCGCCUACCAAGACUGGGACGAGAUAUGUACUACCCUCGACCUAAACGCCCACGUGCCCAAACCGAAGGAGGCCAAGGAGACAAAGGAGGGAACAGGCCCUGCUGAAAAACUGCCUCUCCCAGAAGAACCGGAGAAGGGGAAGCAGGGCGACGAAAAAGAGAAGGAGAUGGAGAAGGAAAAAGAACCCGAAGAGAAAAACGAAAAAGAAAAGUAAAUUGUUUUUGAUGGCUGACGUCGCUCGAAAUAUUAAUUACAUAACAAUUUAACACUAAAUUAAGAGUCAGACUCAUUAGAUUCUGUAAAUGUAAUAAGCGCGUAAAUCCAUUUGUCUUUCCCAUAACGUUCAGAUGACACGGACGCGAUUGCGUCGAUUUCGUAGUAAUUAAAUGAAUUUAGCGUUUUCGUUACAUUAUAUAUAUAUAAAUAUAAUUAUAAAUUUCGGAUCAAUGUCGUAACGUAAUAAAGUUGUAGUUAAAAAAAAAAAAACUAACGUCCGGCUUGGGAUUUAACUAGUUGUUAUGAAUAUGGUGUAUGUUAUUUAAACGUGACAUUCGGCAAUUCGCAUUGUUUCUUAAUUGUUCAGUGUUAUGGAUAAAUAAUUGUCAUGGUUCGGUGGGUUGGACUUUAUUUGGGUUGUACCCAAUGUAGAAUGAGUAUUAUUUUGUCUGUGAGGCCGAUCAAUAUCGAAUGAGUUAAUGGAUUGACAAGACGAUUUCGAUUGAUGCAAUUAUUUUAUUAACCGAGCAUUCGAGUGACGUUAUUUAAUAAUAGUUUAUAAUUAAUUAAUCGUUUUUUGAAAUUUUAAGAGGCCUCGUUUUAAGUAUACCCUUCAAUAUUUGGUACAAUCCUUUUAAAUUUGAUUAUAUUGUAAGAUGUUCUGCUCAUAUAUACCUACCUUUAUUUAGGUACCUUACCACAAAGUUGUCACAUAACGGAAUGAAGGCGUUUUCCGUCACCGAUGCAGCCCGAAGGUGCUGUAGCAUCCUUAGACUUUUUCUCAAAAUUCUUAAUACUUUAAUGAGUUCUAAAUAAUAUGAAAAUUUACAUUUUACAAAAUUUUGAUAAUCGAAUAUGCCUGGAAGACUGUUUUUUCAAGUUAUUGAUAUAUAAUUCAUAGUCCAUAAUUUUUUGAUAUUGUAUUUAAUUGUUAAGAUUUAGGUAUCAAAUAUCAAAAUGAUACAAUUAAUUUAAUUAUCUCUUCCUUAGGAUUGUGUGCUUUGCAUUUGUCCGUUAACGCGGGUUGUCCCCAGACUGACACUGUCAAUGUUCAUUCCACCGAUGAUGAUUAUACUAUUUAACUCUUACGACAAUCGCCUCCAUUUCUUAAUUUAACAAAAACGAAGAAACCCACUCCAGUAACUUGCUUUUUUACUCACUAAUGAAUAUUGCAUCGUGUAAUCGAUACGAACUUAUCGUAAUUAUAUCUUAAUAUUUCUGAUCGUCACUGAAACAGGUUUACGUCACAAAUUUAGCUAUUUAAUGUAACUUAUAUUCAAAAAUGUCAUCCCACUCAUCUCAAACUUUCUACUUUGUUGGUCAGACAAUUAGGCGACAGUUGACAAAAUAAUUUCAAAAUUAUUACAGAAUUAAUAUCCGUAAGUUUCUUUUUAAUUAAAAUAAUAUAAUGCUCAUUUAAAUUUCGAACUAUGUACAUUUAAUUUGGACUCAAUUUAUAAAUUGCUAUUUGUAAUUUGUACUUUUGCUAUGAAUGUGCUGAACCCAUUUUCCGAACAUCUCAUACAUAAUAUUAAUAUUGUAGGAGUGUAAGUGUUAGAUCUGAAAAGUAUACACGUAAUGAUAUAUUUAAUGUAUAAUUAUAAGUAAUAUCGUAUGUAGGCGUAUACGUAAUCGUGUAUGACUUUAGCGUAGGAGUGUUGGGGAUGCACAAAACAUUCUUGAGAUACGCUCCUCAGGACUUGUUCCAUUAAUUUAAUUACGAUAAACUCUAAAUACUUCCUAUACCUCUACCACCAAAUAGAGUGAUAACUCUAAAUAUUGUUAGCAAAUACAUUAAAAUUUUGUCAUAUUCAUGUAAAUGGGAGAAAAAUAAAACAAUGAAUUUUGCAAUGAGCAAACAUAAAGUUAACCACAGUUGUUUACAAUUAUUCUGGUUAACCAUAGACCGAUGACUAAUGAAAGAUCAAUUAAGAAAUAGUAUGGAAGUAUUAAGCUUCGUUCACUUUUUGAAUUAAUGCGAACAAGUCCGUAGAUAAUAUAGAUGUAUGAAUUUUUAUUUAUAUUAUGUAUUUAUUUCUCAAUUUUGAGGAAGGUCGACGAAAGUCCCUCCAAACAACUGCUGAAAACCACUGCCAUUAGUAUCAGAUGAUAAGGGAUUAAUUAAUUAGUAAGUAAUUGAUUAGUGAAUGUACUCCCUAAUGCUCUUGUUCAUUCGCUAUGCGCUGAAGGUCGGUCUUCGGCUGCGACUGAGCAAGAGUUCAACUGAGAUAAUGUUCGCUAGGAACAAUAUCGAGGAGUCUGUAGUGUGGAUGUCCAAGCCUGUUUCAGUGUAAUAUAUUUGAUGUCGUAUUUGUGUCGUAUAUUUAACCUUAAUGUAAGCUAAAAGUUGACUGUCUUUCUCACUUUUAAUAUUUAGUAGUGCAGAUAGUUAAAGCCAUGAGAAACAAUAUUACAUAUAGAACACGAAGCCUGUUGAUCUGAACGUUUUUAAUUUAAUCAGUAAAACGGUGUUUGUAUGUGCUGCCAUCUAUGGAUAAAGCAACAUAUUAUAGACCAUUAUAAUAUCUUAAAAUAUGUGCAAUUAAAUCAGAAACAAAAGCAGUUAGGCAAAUGGCUCUCAUGGCUUGAAUUGUGUGUAUUUAUGUAUCCCAUUAAUUACUAGUAGGGUAGAAGACAUAGGUUAAGAAUAUAAAACAUCAUAAUCGAAUCUACUCACAAUACGUAUUGUUCUACAAGAUUUAGAAUUAUUAAGUAAUAGGAGACAACUACACUUAACACGCAAAAUAACAUACUAUUAAAAUUAAAAAUCUUUACAAAAACGUGUAGGUGUAAAAGAAUGAACUGAUUUAUGUUAUGUCCAAUAUCGAUUAAACAUGACACUUUUCUAAAUAACGCUGUUGUGAGUUAGUAAUUAUUAUAUACAAAUUAAACCUUAAUUAUCGCAUUGAUUAAAGGAAUUUUGAGUAUGUUAUUAAUAUAUUAUUGUACUAGGACGUAGAGAGUUGAUAUGAAUACUCGAGUUGUAACAUCCGGUUACAUUUUAUACGUGAAUACUAUACUCAUUCAUUUAUAAUACUUCUAAUUUUCAAUUAUUUGUGUCAAUAUUCAAUUUUAGAUUUAUUGUAAUAGGUAUAAGAUGGUACACCAUAAAUGUAUCGUUAACAUGAAACUGAGCUUUCAGUACCUAAACACAAUAUUCGAAUAAGAAUUUCAGUGUAAUAUUCUAUCUCUAUUAAAGUGUAUAUCAUAAAAA